CCGAGCCCGAAAUGGAGGGUCAGGGCGUGACAGAACCCGCUGCGUCCGCUCGGACACACGGGGCCCUGGUUCUCAGCGUGUUUCCGAGGGGACCCCAUCCUAUAAGGGCCAACCGUACUAAUGAAAACUGCGUUUCUCAAGCUCUGACCUCGUUCCAGCCAAUGCGCAAAACCCUUUCCAAAUAAUCCCGGUUCGUCCCAAAAGCCUGUGUGUAGGAGUAUCAUCAGAUGCUUUUUGACCGAGGAAUCGACACCCUGAGAGUUUUAAACUUGCCCAGGAGUUAGCAGAGGGCUUAGCAGCAAGGACGGUUUGAUUUACUUCAGCUCUUUUCUUUUGCCAAUGAGGAGCCUGAAAACAUCAUUUCCAGUUUCCAGCCAGAGGUAUAAGGAGAGACAAGUUUAACCCCUGAGGCACAAGAAAGAGCAAGGCUUGCCCCAGACAAUGGCGACCACACCUGGUCUCCAGCCUCCGCCACCCCUGGAGCAAGACGAGAUCCUGAUUGUGAAGGUGGAGGAGGAUUUCUGCUGGGAAGAGGAGCCGUCUCUGGAGACCGAAGACCCCAGCCCUGAGACCUUCCGCCAGCUCUUCCGGCUCUUUUGUUACCAGGAGGUGGCCGGACCCCGGGAGGCCCUGAGCCGCCUUUGGGAGCUGUGCUGCCGCUGGCUGCGGCCUGAACUGCGCACCAAGGAGCAGAUCCUGGAGCUGCUGGUGCUGGAGCAGUUCCUGAUGGUGUUGCCAGGGGAGAUCCAGGCCAGGGUGCGGGAGCAGCAGCCGGAGAGUGGUGAGGAGGCCGUGGUCCUCGUGGAAGGGCUGCAGCGGGAGCCCAGGAAACAGAGGCAGCGGGGCCUGGAAGUGCUCCCUGAUGAUGUACUGCCCCAUGGGACAGGAGAACCGUGCUUGAAACACCAAGUGGAGGCCGAGCCAGAGGAACUGUCUCUGGAAGUGAGGUCUGGAUGUUCCAGCCAGCAGCCCCCAGCCCAGCUGAGCCACAGACCAAAGAGGAGCCCCCAGCUCUGGCCAAAGAGGGGCCCAGUGGCCUCCCAGCAUCAGGGGACGGCACCAGCCACGUCUCUCGUUUCGUCCUGGUCCCAGCAGGUGCCGGUGACCUUGGAGGAUGUGGCGGCAUACCUGUCCCAGGAGGAGUGGGAGUGCCCAGACCUGGCUCGGCGGGGUGGCGGCUGCGAUGUGCUGCCUAAGAGCAGGGGGCUUGGGCUGCAACCUGAGGAUGGAGAGGGCGCCAGGCAGGACAUGCCCAUGAGAAGGGAGGAGGGCCAAGAGCCGGCUGGGGGCGUGACCAGGCCUGAGCGGCCUCUGGAAAGAGGAGGACCCCGGCGGACUGAGAAGCCGUACACGUGUCCCGAGUGCGGCAAAGGCUUCAGUAAGACGUCCCACUUGACCAAGCACCAGCGCACACACACCGGGGAGCGGCCCUACAAGUGUCAGGUGUGCGGGAAGGGCUUCAGUGACCGCUCCAACUUCAGCACGCACCAGCGGGUGCACACGGGCGAGAAGCCCUACGCGUGCACCGAGUGUGGGAAGCGCUUCAGCCAGAGCUCCAGCCUGGUCAUCCACCGCAGGACGCACACCGGCGAGCGGCCGUACGCCUGUGCCGAGUGUGGGAAGCGCUUCAGCAACAGCUCCCACUUCAGCGCGCACCGGAGGACGCACGUGGCUGAGAAGCCCUUCGUGUGCCCGGCCUGUGGCAGGGGCUUCCGCCGGGGCACCGACCUCCACAAACACCAGCGGACCCACAGCGGAGAGCAGCGCCCCCCGGGCCAGCGGAGCCCCACGGCGCGGCUCCAGGAGGCCCCUGGGCCGAAGCCUGGCCGCCUCUCAAACUGUCCUUUUCAGGGAUCCCUUUCAGAAUUUCGAGGUCACAGUUCGUGAAGCUGCUGGAGUUGUUUCUGUUUUGGAACCAAAACCGUAAUCUUAAGACAUUUCACACUGAUCCCAUUUGCCCCCAGUGUGGGCCCAGCCCGUGGCAGUGGGAGGUGCUCAGGCCGGGGGAGGAAUCUGGACAUGGAGUUUGGCAGUGGCUUCUGGACACCAAGCCAGGUGUACCUGGGUGGCUGAGCACCACGGGGAUGGGAUCUCACAGUUGAGGAGGCCAGAAGUCCAGAACCAAGACGUGUGCAGGGCUGUUUCCUUCUGGAGGCCCUAACGGAGAGACCAUCGCAGGCCUCUCUCCUGGCUUCUGCUGUGGCCGUCAUUCCUGGUGUCCUUGGCUUGUGGCCACAUCACUCCCAUAUCUGUUUCUCCUAUGUCUCUGGUGUCCUCUUGUAAGGACACAGUCGUUCAAUUUAGGGCCCCCAGUCCAGAAUGACUGCAUCUUAAGUAAUUACAUCUGCAAAGACCCUGUUUCCAAAUAAGGGCACGUUCUGAGGUUCUGGGUGGACUUGAAGUUGGGGGACACUCAUCAGUCCACCCUGGGGGAAACCUCAGUGGCUCCCAUUCCUUGCAGUGUUAACAUACCCCAGGCUUCCCGGGUUUCCCCUUUCUCCUCCAGCCUUGCCACAUCUUCAAAAUAUAGCCUGGGAGGGGGGGCUUUUUACUUAUCCUUGCAGUGAUGUCAGCAAGGCAGUGGGGUGAGUUGGGGGUCACCUUUCCAGAUCCCCAGCUGUUCUGUAGGACAGAUGACUGGUGUGGGAACGCUCCCCUGACAGUCCAUCUUCUGACCUCCUCAGGUCUGUGAGGAAGCCUGGAGAUGACAGGCAUCUGUCCCCAGGCCGGGAGCCAGGGCUGCCUUUGCUCCAGCCCCUGGUGGCCAGGACAGAGGCAGCCUUGUUGCCCCACUUUGUCUUUCUGAGGCAGAUAUGCUUCAGAUCUAUGCACAUCCAUGAUCUCCUGGGUGGCUGAGGGGAAUGCUAUGAGUAUUUGUUCCAUUUAGUCGUCACUGGAGUCUUGGGGCAGCUGCUGAAACCACUGGGUUCUGGAACAUUCCAUGCAGGGAGUGUGGCAGUUUCCCUUGGCUGGGUGGCCUUGAACCUCAUGGUGUGCUCCAUUCUAUUUGUCACCCAAUCACUGUAUAUAUUUUCACUCUUAAGCAUAACCCAGGUUCUAGGGUGCACAACCUGCUCUCUGUUCCCUUAAUAAAGUUGGUCCUUCUGGCCUUG